CGGGAAUCUAGUGGAUGUUUUGGUCUAUAAGACAAGGCGAGAAGGAAAAGGGAGAAAAUGAAAAACUAAACUUAUUGAUACUCGCUUCGCGAUAUAAGACAAGGCCCCCGCGGAUUUCCUCGGCGGCCCCUAUAGAGGGCGGCGCUGCCGUUAAGGAGGUCUCACUGAAGGCCCGCGAGGUGUUGCGGCUCCGGUCGCGGGCCUCAUGCUGCAAGCCUGGCAGCCGGUCCGCGAUAAGUCGACGACUUACGCGGGCCGCCGUCCGUCUGCCUUCUCCCCCGAGGUCCGGGAUAUUUGAAAACUUCCCGGGGAGAACUUUCAAGAAAGCGGGGCCUUUGGAGCAAACGACCACGAGCCCGCACCCUCGGGCUCGGCCUCGGGCCUCAUGGUCCAAGCCUGGCAGCCGGUCCGCGGUACGUCGACGACUUACGCGGACCGCCGUCCGCCUGCCUUCUCCCCCAAAGUCCGGGGUGUUUGAAGACCUUCCCAAGAGGACUCUGAGAGGGGCGGGGCACGUAGAAGAAAGAGCCACGCGUCCGCGCCCUCGGGCUUGGCUUCGGGCGUCAUGCUCCAAGCCCGGCAGCCGGUCCGCGAUGUUCGUCGCCGCUGCGCUGCAGCGACCGAGAGAUCCGCGACUUUCUGCAACUUCCACAGCGAAAGCCCCCGUAGACCGCUAUCGAGGAAAAUAUAGCCCCUACACCCUCCCCCCACUACACCCUCCCCCCACUACACCCUCCCCCCACUACACCCUCCCCCCUCCCGAUGGCCUCAUAGAUUUUGCGGCCGCGGUGUGCGGCCUCGUGCUCCCCGCCUGGCAGCCGGUCCGCGAUAAGUCGAUAACCUUCGCGGGCCACCGCCUGCCCGCCUGCCUUCUCCUCCGCUGAAGGCCAGGACUUUGGGGGACUUUGCUGGACGAAGUCGCAGAAAGCCGAGGCCCCGGAGCAAAGGGCGCCGAGUCCGCACCCUCGGUCUCGGCUGCGGGCCUCAUGCUCCAGGCUUACCAGUACCAACUUGAUAGGGAGGGACCGCACUUCCCUUGUCGUGUCUUAAGACUAGUGCAGGCGACUCUUCUAAGAGUAGGGAAGGCAGACUCCGGGAGGGGUUCUGCGUCGUGAAAGGUAGCCCGCUCGGGCUCCCUGCGGUCUCCUCUUUGGAGUGGUCUCCCAAAUUGAAUAGACCCCUCGACCGCGUACCGCUUCCCCGGGCGCAAGGCCAUGUUUGCGGAAAAUGCGGAAGCUGAAGCCUUCUGGUUUUCCUCUAAAGAUGGCCUUGCGCCCGGGGAAGCGGUACACAGUGGAGGGACCUACCCAAUUUCGGGAACCACUCCAAGAAGGAACGGGCGAACCGCGCCACACAUUGCCACCCGCAAACACCGUGAGCCGCGGCCCCCCACGAAUCCCCCGGCGCAUUCCGCUGCUGCUCGUGGUUGCGUCUUGGAUUCUUGGGGGGCGUGGGUGAGGCUGCCCCGCUUAACGCUAGCACCGUCGACCCCUCUUAAGACUAGGGGAGCAGUGUCCCUAUUGAGUUGGCACGGGCGAGCAGCCGGUCCGCGACGAGUCGAUAAUUUGAGCGGACCGCCGUCCGCCUGCCUUCUCCACAGAAGGCCCGGACCUUUGAAGACUUUGCCGUAAGAACGCGCAGAGAAGCGGCUUGUGAGAGCAAAGGGACACGGGCCCGAGCCUGGCAGCCGGUCUGCGUUGGGUGGAUAACUUACGCGGGCGGCCGUCCGUCCGCCUGCGCUCUCCUCCCCCGAUGGCCCGGACUUUGGAAGACUUUGCUGGAAGGAGUCGCAGGGGGUCAGCUUGAGAGAGAAGGGCCACGAGUCCACACCCUCGGGCCCAGCUUCGGGCCUCAUGCUCCUAGCCUUGCAGCCGGUCCGCGACAGGUCGAGAACGCACGCGGACCGCCGCCCGCCUGCCCUCUCCCCCGGGGGCCCGGACUUCUGCAGACUUUUCCGGAAGCACUCGCAAAAGAGCGGGGACUUUGAGCAAGGGGCCACGAGCCCGCGCCCCCGGGCCCGGCUUCGGCCUCGUGCUCCAAGCUUGGCAGCCGGUCCGCGCUAAGUCGAUAGCCUACGCGGGCCGCCGCGGCUUGCCUUCUCCCGAGGCAGCCCGUAUGCUUGAAGACUUUGCCGGAAGAAGUCACAGAAAGUCGGGGUCCCUUUCGCCGUUCGUUGCAUGCCACCGCUUCACUUUAGGCUCGUGGCGGAAGCGAUUGGUGGGAAAGGGCGGCCUGACUCAGCUACCCGGACUGAGGUUCCCUGACUGAAAUGAGCGGGCUAGGCUAUGCCGUUUAAGAGUACACUAGCCAAGCUGAACUAAGUGACCGAGCGAAACCAACCAGACGAGAACCACUCCACCUACGACUGCGCCCGCGCGGCUCCCCUAACUACCCGAACUGACGGACCUGUCUCCGCCAACCGAAGAGUGUACGCAACUAAAAAAGCUAAACGAGCUGCCGCUAAAGCUAAGAGAACUCCCAGACCGACGCGAACCGCUGAAACGAACGGGGCGCCCAGAGGGGCCGAGGUUCUCCAUUCGAACUAAGCUCACCAGCCUCAACACUCCAGAGUCCAUCGGCCCAGCCCAGUCGAGGGAGCUGACCAAGACGCACCCCCCUGACGCCAACGCGCCCAGCCCAACUAAUAUACACCCGUCCCUGUGAAAAGAACCGAAGGUGGCGAUCGUCGUCCCGAGUUAUCAGGCGACGCAGAUUUCUCGUACUGCAGUCGAUUUGCUGUGUUCGAAUGCGUGAGCAUGACCCGCCAUCUAGCACAAGCAUUCCCAUUUUAGUUAUGGAAGUGCACCUGGCGGGGCACCCACUUGUCAUAAAGAUGGAGGUCCAACUCGUGCUGCAACAAAGUCCCUCCGCGAGAUGAAGAACUUCCACAGCCGCAGAGAUCACAGCGUUCUCUUUGUCAGGUCAGUGACUGUUUACUUGUGGAUAAAUGGAUGGUUCUGCGAACCCGCGUGAGUUCGUCUACGAAUUGUCGCGCCUCUUUUUUCUCUUCAUUCCUAGGCUCGGGUCGCGUCCCCGAUUCAAGUUCAAAUAGGUAAAUCCAUUGAAU